ACGGAAGUCUGCACGUGCGAGCGGCCGGCCAGCGUCAUGGCGGCCGCCCAUCUCCUCCGGGCUUCCCGGGUGUGGGCCCGCUGGCAUCCCCGGGCGCUCCCGGUCCUCAGAAGACCUGGAGGAUUCUCUAUCCGGGAAUAUGCUAAAAAGCCAGUUGGCAAGGGCGGCAAGGGCGGCGUGGCCGCUGAGGCCCUGAAGGACCCCGAGGUGUGCACAGACCCCACUCAGCUCACCACACAUGCCAUGGGGGUCAACAUCUACAAGGAAGGCCAGGAUGUGGCCCUGAAGGCAGACUCCGAGUACCCCACAUGGCUGUUCCAGGUGAACUUGGGUCCCCCCAAAAAGCUAGAGGAACUAGAACCAGAGUCCCGAGAGUACUGGCGACUACUUCGCAAACAGAAUAUCUGGCGCCACAACCGGCUGAGCAAGAACAAGAAGCUGUAGUGUGAUGAUGGGCACCUGACGGGAGACUGCCUGGAACCCUGGCCAGCCAGAGCAGGGAGAGAACUGAGUCCUCUGACCUUCACCUGCUCGCCAUGCCGUGCAGGUCAUGCACACUCGAAAUAAAUACCAAAGGGACCUACAGC